UAUUAUUGUAAUUCUGUUAUCUGAUUCCAGAUGGAGCUGCCCAAUGUAACCACCGUCCAGGAAUUCAUUUUGCUAGGAUUUGGAAUUGGACAGCAGAAAAGGUUCCUGCUCCUCAGUUUUUUCACUAUUCUCUAUGUGCUCACUUUGGCUGAGAACAUCACGAUCAUCACACUGGUGUUCCUAGACGCCCACUUGUCCCAGCUUCCCAUGUACACCCUACUGAGCAACUUCUCCUGGCUGGAGAUGUGCUAUGUGUCCACCACAGUGCCUCGUAUGCUUGUCGACCUAUCUUCCUCUCAUGGGAUCAUCUCCUCCUGGGAGUGCUUCCUCCAGUUCUACAUCUUCUUUUCUCUUGGUUGCACCGAAUGCUUCUUCCUCUCGACUAUGGCUCUGGAUCGGUACUUAGCCAUCUGCCACCCGCUGCGCUAUCCACAGAUCAUGUCUCAACAUUUCUGCUACACCCUGGUGGCCAUUUGUUGGGUUGUUGGUUUCCUGUGGUACCUUGUUCCAGCAGUUUUGAUCUCCAAGUUGUCCUUUUGUGGCUCCAACAUCAUUGACCACUUUUUGUGUGAUCCUGGUCCAAUCCUAUCCAUGGCCUGCCCUCCACUGGGAAAUGCUCCCCUCUUUAGCCAGAUUUGCCUGAAUGGUCUGAUUAUAGGCAAUGUCUCAUUUGUUGUACUGUCCUACGGAUGUGUGAUCAUAACCCUGAUAAAAUCCUCUAGCCAAGGCAGCCGUAAGAAGGCCUUCUCCACCAUAUCUUUCCACCUAGUAGUGGUAACACUUUUCUAUGGCUCGGUAGCAGGGAUGUACUUAACCCCAGGUGGAGAAAAACACUCAGAGGUCACUAAGUCCGUGACACUCUUCUACACUGCUAUUACCCCCUUCCUGAACCCCCUGAUCUACUGUCUGAGGAAUGAUCAGGUGAAAGAGGCACUGGGCAGGUUACUGAGGAGAAGGAGGGGGUUGGUUGGGAGAAAGGAAACAAUGUAA